CAAUAGCGCGGCUCCCAAACCACUUCCUCCGCCUCCCCCUCCCCCUCCCACUCCUCCUCUUCCGGGGUUGUGUUCGCGCUGUGCAUAAGAAGACCCUCACGCGCUCACUCCCCUCUCGUCUCUCGUCUCUCGUCUGUCGUCUCUCGUUUCUCUCUCCGCUGCGAGCAGAAGCGAUAGUUUGCUGCUACUCUAAUUUGUCCCGUUCUGGGUCUUGGUUGGGUUUUCGAGAUUUGAGUCUUAGGCAGCCAACCACAAAUUACCGUGGUUGUGUGCUGUUCUGGGGGGUCGAAACUUUGGGGAAGACGCAGUGGGGAAGGGGGGAGGGAGAGACGCGAACUUGUGAGGAGGAGGAAGAGAAAGGGCGGCAGCAGAUCGGGUUGGUCGGCCACUCCGGGGCGCCGCGGCUGCGGGAUCUGAUCGGUGCCGGGACGUACCGGUGCGGAGAUAUUUUGCUUUCCUGGUGGCUAAAUGGCAGAUCUUUUGGGGGAAAAAGGUCAUCUUAUUUGGUUGGGGAAGAAGUGUUGCUUCGGUAUGCCGGAGGCCGGGUGUCCGUGCUCCAAGAAGACGGAUUAUUCCUGCGAGAACGUCUGCGGGGGGCAGGCUUCAAGAGCAGCUCUGAGCAUGUCCCGGCGGCUCCGGUGCGCCCUCCAGGUCUUCGAUCUCAAGGCACUAUUGCUUCUCUUCAUCGGCGUUCCCACCCUCGUAUUCGUCAUCUACGCCCAUGGCCAGAAGAUCACCUACUUCCUUCGGCCGCUGUGGGAAUCCCCUCCUAAGCCCUUCAGGACCAUACCUCAUUACUACCACGAGAACGUCUCCAUGGAGAACCUGUGCAAGCUCCACGGGUGGGGCAUCCGGGAAAUGCCGAGGCGUGUGUACGAUGCCGUCUUGUUCAGCAAUGAGCUCGACAUCCUGGAAGUUCGUUGGAACGAGCUCAGCCCUUACGUCUCGGAGUUCAUUCUGCUCGAGUCCAAUUCAACAUUCACCGGCUUGAAGAAGCCCCUCUCCUUUGCAGAGAACCGCCACCGCUUCAAGUUCGUGGAGUCACGGUUGACUUAUGGGACUUUUGGUGGGAGAUUUGUAAAAGGGGAGAAUCCUUUUGUCGAGGAGGCUUACCAGCGGAAGGCAUUGGAUCAGCUUAUCAGGAUUGCCGGAAUCAGUGAUGAUGAUUUGUUGAUCAUGUCCGAUGUUGAUGAGAUACCUAGUGGUCACACUAUCAACCUUCUCAGGUGGUGCGAUGAGAUUCCAGAGAAGCUUCAUCUCCAGCUUCGGAACUACCUCUACUCCUUUGAGUUCUACCUUGAUGAUGAUAGUUGGAGGGCUUCAGUUCACCGUUACCAAGCUGGGAAGACCACAUAUGCCCAUUUGCGUCAGACAGAUGACCUAUUAGCAGACUCCGGGUGGCACUGCAGCUUCUGCUUCCGGCACAUCAGCGAGUUUAUUUUUAAAAUGAAUGCAUAUAGCCAUGUUGAUCGUGUCCGAUUUGCUUAUUUCUUAAAUCGUUUCAGAAUUCAGGAUGUCAUAUGCCAUGGAGCUGACCUUUUCGACAUGCUUCCUGAGGAACACACGUUCCAGAAAAUAAUUGCCAAGCUGGGGCCAAUUCCUAGUACAUACUCUGUUGUAAAUCUUCCAGGUUAUCUGAUUCAGAAUGCUGACCAGUACAGAUACCUCCUUCCGGGGAACUGCAAAAGAGAAAGAGGCUAAGCAAAUUAGUGGCUGUUGUAGACUGAUUGAGAUGUUACAGAAAAACAUCAUCUAUAGACUGAUUGUCAUCACCUGACAUGUAAGUUGAGUAUCUGACCUAGGUUGAUCUCUAUCACGAAGAAGAGGGCAAGCAUCGAGAUUGUCAUGUUUAUAUGCACAAUAAUUUUCUGAAGAGCUACUAGUUUCCGUGUGCAUGCAUGCGGCCCACUGAAUAAGCUCUGUUGACUGAAUACUAUGGGAGAUUGUUCACGCCUUCUUUCCAUCUUGGCAGGUGAUAUUACACCUCAUUGUUGUAGGAUAAAAAACAAGUGACCUUUCCUAAUAUUUGAUUUCUGGGGUUCAUUUUUCUCUGAAGUUAAUUUAUUCAUGUAUUCUUCUACCAACUGGGCUUGAUGCACCAUAGACUCCGUGAUUGUAAUAUAUGACUUGGUUGAGUUCUGCUUUUGGAUUCA